CUGUCGAUUGUCAUUGCUCUUAGAGCCUUUUAUCAUUUAUCACGACUUCGAGUCAAUCAAAUUCUUUCGAAAAGCCCGAUCUUUCUCCCUCCCCUCCAGAACCCUCUACAUUCUUCCGACGCUUCAAGUUCCUCUUUCAUGGCGUCCGAUCUCGAAGCCAAGGCUAAGGAAGCCUUUAUCGACGACCACUUCGAACUUUCCGUCGACCUUUACACUCAAGCCAUCGCUCUUAGUCCGAAGAAAUCCGAGCUUUAUGUUGACCGUGCUCAGGCCAACAUCAAACUCGGCCAUUACACUGAAGCUGUUGCUGAUGCUAACAAAGCAAUUGAACUUGACCCUUCAAAUUCAAAAGCAUACUUGCGCAAAGGCACUGCAUGUCUGAAACUUGAGGAGUAUCAAACAGCAAAGGUUGCUUUGGAGACAGGCUCUGCUUUGGCCUCAGGAGAUUCAAGAUUCACGAAUUUAAUAAAAGAAUGUGAAAAACUCAUUGCUGAGGAAAUGGGCGACCUUCCACAGGAAUCUGUGGAAAGUACUGUUCAGGAAACUGUUUUACCAAGUAAUGACGUUGUACCUGUGAGUAAUCAACUGCAUCAGGCGACAAUAGAAGUCAAACCGAAAUUCAGGCAUGAAUUUUAUCAGAAACCGGAAGAAGUAGUUGUGUCCAUAUUUGCUAAGGGAAUACCAGCUGAAAAUGUCGCUGUUGAAUUUGGUGAACAAAUUCUAAGUGUGACUAUUGAUCUUCCUGGCGAAGAUGCAUAUUGUUUCCAGCCUCGUUUAUUUGGGAAGAUAAUACGUGAGAAGUGCAAAUUUUUUGUUUUAUCAACAAAAAUUGAAAUUCGUCUUGCAAAGGCUGAGCAAAUACACUGGACGUCUCUUGAAUUCUGCAAGGAGAAUAGAAUUAUCCAGAGCAUUAAUGUCCCCUCUAGUGGAUCUCAAGCUCUCGCUUACCCCUCCUCUAAGCCAAGAAGAGAUUGGGAUAAGCUUGAAGCUCAAGUGAAAAAGGAGGAGAAAGACGAGAAACUAGAUGGGGAUGCAGCGUUGAACAAGUUUUUCCGAGACAUAUACAAGGAUGCUGAUGAGGAUACAAGAAGAGCCAUGCAAAAAUCAUUUGUGGAAUCGAACGGCACAGUCCUGUCAACGAACUGGAAGGAGGUGGGAUCAAAGAAGGUCGAAGGUAGCCCUCCCGAUGGUAUGGAGUUGAAGAAAUGGGAGAUCUGAUCUGAGUUUUUUCCUUUGGUUGGAUUUAGUAAGUUUGUGAAGGAGUUGAAAUUUUUGAUGGAGUUAUUUCUAUUUUGGCGUCAGUUUGUAGGCAGCCGAGUCAACGGUCUCCUUUUGUUUGUGCUUGAUUUUUCAACGAUUUCUGUAAAACCAGUUGUUUGCUUAUUCUUCUGUUCUGAACUCUGUGAUUAUUAUUUGUUCUCUUCCUCGAACCGAGUCUUGGGCGAUCGUUAGAGAAUUUUUAAUAUUAUGUGUUUAUAGCAAUGAAGGGUCAAUUGGAUUAACUAGAAAAA